AUGGCCCGGUCUUACGGGGGCCGGGUGCUGGCCGCGAUGACCCUGCUGGGCAUCCCGGCGGCGGUGCUGGCGGCGCUGGGAGCGCAGCUGCUGUUCCAGCUGCAGGCGGGCCGCGCGGAGCUGCGGGGAAUGCGCACCGACGGGCUGGGCCCGGAGCUGGACGCCGGCCCAGGGCUGCCCGAGGACGCGGCCGGGGCGCUGCUGCCUCUGGCCGCCGCGCUUGCUGCGCUCGCCCUGGUGUUGGGCCUCACCAGCCUUCUGCUCGCCGCGCUCUGCGGCCACCUGGGCGCCGAACUGGCGCGGGGGCCGGGUCCCGGCAGGUCUGACUGGUUUCUCUAUGACUGCCGCCUCCUCAGACACGUGGCCCUUGGCCUCUUCUGCUGCGGGGUCUCUGUCUACUUAGCAGCACUGUCCAUCUACGCCCUGCUGCUCUUUGAGAUCGAGACAGGUGCAGCCGCCGCCUCCAUCCUCGGAGUGGGUGCUCUGGUCCUGGUGGCGGCACUGACCCACACUCUGGUCCGAGCUGCCCGGGCCACCCGCCGUGGCCUCCACGAACUGCCCCCACCGCACUUUGAAGAGGAUCCUGUCCGUCCUGCUGAAGUCUCCAAGGCCAGCCCCAGGGCUCAGCCCCAGCAGGGUACCCACCACCGGACCCCCUACUCAUCCUUCCCAGAACCUGGGGACCCCGUCAGACCCACGGGUGCUGCUACAGCGCCUACGGCCAAGGGAGGAGGCUGGGAGGGCAGCCUGCCUUUAUCCCGCAUGCACCGGACACUGUCAGCUGGCAGGGGGCACUGGGAAGGGAUCACCCAUGAGAUGCGCAGCAUGCUGGGCCACAGGCCAGGGGGCUCAGGGAAGGACUCCACCCUGGUGUGAACCCAGGGACCAGGGACAGAGACCUGGGAUCAGGCAGCAGGAAGAGGAUUCUGUAAAGAUAAGUCUAGGCUCAGCCAUAGUAGCAGUAUGACUUGAUUUCUCCGUUCACAGCAU